AUGGGUGUGUCAGAGUGUGGGAUAUCUAAGGUCCCUCACCCCAUUCCCACUUCUAAACUCACCCAUCUCACACCACUCUCACCACCACAACCACCACCGCCGCCGCCGCCGCCGGAAUCUGACCCAUCAGGAGGACACAACAACUCGAAUAGCGAGCUAUCACCGAGGGAGCAAGACAGGUUCCUUCCGAUCGCGAACGUGAGUCGAAUCAUGAAAAAGGCUUUACCGGUGAACGCCAAGAUCUCCAAGGACGCCAAGGAAACAGUUCAAGAGUGCAUUUCAGAGUUCAUCAGCCUCAUCACCGGCGAUGAUUUGCUCUGGGCCAUGACGACACUAGGGUUUGAAGAAUACGUCGAGCCAUUGAAGUUGUACUUGCUGAGGUUCAGAGAUAUGGAAGGGGAGAUAUGUUGUGUCCUGUUUGGUAAUUGA